GACGAGAAGAGGAACUAACAGCUGUGUCAGACGACUUCCUGCUCUGACGUCAUUGAGGGCAGUCUGGGCGGGAGACGAGUUGAGAAGCAACUCUUCCGUGUAUUCUUCACUUCUUUCAACGAGAGCAGCUGAGUGAAGUAUUACAGAAUGGGAAACUGGUGGAGCGGGGGGGAUAAAGAUCCAGAGACAUCCCAGCGUGCUGAUCCUCCGAGGGGAGCAGUCAUCGCCCAGAAUGGAGGGGUUUUCAACCAACCUCAGUUUAGUGGUGUUAACGUCAGAGGGAAUCUAACGGUCCAAGUCACGCAGGGUCCAGGUGCGGCAGGUGCACCGAGGAGUGUCCCAGCAGAGCACUGCGUCCCCGCUGAGGACGGCGUCCCCGCUGAUAAGAAACUGUUCUCAGUUCGGACACAGUUUGUAGAAAGAGUGUCUAAUGCUGUUCUGGACCAGCUUCUGGAUAAAGUGCUUGAGCAUGAGAUCAUAAAUGAUGGUGAAAUGCAGUCAAUGAACAUUAAAGCCAAAGCAGACAAAGCACGAGACCUGAUCGACACGGUGCGGAAGAAAGGAACUAAAGCCAGCUCGGUUCUGAUCACCGCUCUCCGUGAGGCCGAUCCGUGUCUUUCCAGAGAGCUGAAACUACGCUGAAGAAAAGGCAGGAAACUGUGGAGUGUAGUGAUCAAUCUCUAAAAUAACUUUCAAUUAAAAGUUACUUAUCAGACCGUCCUCACCCUGAAAACAGCCGAAUAGGUUGAUUGUGCCAGCAGAUUAUAACGACUCAUAUUUACGUUUGUUGUUAGGCAUCGACCUCUCUUGGAAGUUAGGUGAUAGUUAGGAGUUAGGAGUUAGGAGGGCGGGUUCGGAUGAGUCAAACAAACACAGGACUUUCUCCCAGGAGACCAGGGUUCAUGUUACGCUUGAAACCAACGGUCACUAAAAUAUAAAAAUAUAAAUAAUUAGGGUUGGGUAUCGUUUGGUUUUUUUCCAAUACUGUUGCUAAAACGAUACUUUUAAAAUGGUGCCGGUGCCUGAACAGAUACUUAAAAAAUAGGGUAAUAGGGUUAUUUUACAAUAACUUUGAAUGCACCACGAGGCUUACUAGUUUCAAGCGAACACACCGUCUGUGUUGUUUUUCUGACAACGGCAGCAGCAGACUGUUACGUUCCGCUGUUAGAAUCCUCUCCAGUGAAACACAGUCACACUUUUACAUCGUGUAGCUGUCAGCAUU